GUCUCAAGGUUGUAAAUCAGCUGUUCAUUAGAAAUGGCGUUUACUUUGGAUGAUGACAAAAGAUGUCAGCUUAAUGAGGAUAUCAUUAAACAGCUAUACCUUGUGGCUUAUAUGCAGGGAAGCAAGCUUCCAACAUGCCUUGUUACUAACUCAAAAUGUAGCAAGGUUCAGGUUCGCGGAGAUGGACGUACUGCUGUUGACAUGAGAUCACAUGUACAUCAAACUGUUUUACCUGUGGUUAUAAAAGCUGAUCACCCAAUUCCAGUUUCAUGUAGCGUUUAUUAUUUCGAGAUAACCGUUAAUGUUAAAAGUCGUUCUGGUUUACUUGCUUUGGGUGUAUGUUCAUCACGUUCAUCUACAAAUGAAUGGCCAGGGAUGGAAUUUACAUCGUAUGGUUACCACAGUAAUAGCGGAACAAUUUAUCAUAAUUCCAAAGAACUACCCAUUUCUGCGCCUAGUUUUGGUGAAUCGGAUAUAAUUGGUUGCGGUGUGAAUUUUGUUAAUAAUUCUGUUUUUUUCACAAAAAAUGGUGUAUUUGUUGGACCAAUAAGUGCUGGUAAAAAGUUGCCACAUCCAGUCUAUCCUUGUAUUGCUUUCGCCUGUCCCAAUUGCCAUGUGAGCGUCAAUUUCGGUCAUCACAAAUUUGCAUACAAUAUUGGUCAGUAUAUUGCUCGUGAACGUGCUGUAGCAAUAAGUACAGCAGUCGAUCGUAAAUGUAAUGAUCAGUUAGCUUAUGUGACAAUGAGAAACUUAGUCGCAACCUAUCUAUUACACAACGGUUUCCUUGAGUCGGCUCAAGCUUUAGGCGAAUGGGUCACAAAGGCUUCUAUCGAUUCUUCUACUACGACCAAUGAAAACAAUGAGUUUACUGAUAAUAAUGACUAUAAUGUACAUCAUAAUGAAGAUAGCAGUAGUAAUUAUGACACAAACGGUAAAUCACCUGUAAAAUCAUCUGCAUCUGAAACACCGAAUGGUAGUUGUCCAUCGUCUAUAAACAAACAUAUAUAUCAAAUAGAUUCAAUAACAAAUUCUACAAAUGGCACUUGUCAUUUGAACAACGAUCACAAUCAUAGUAACCACAAUAAUACUGACACUGAUAAUAACGGUAUUACUUUCGAUGAACUAGGUGGUGAACAACAAUCAAAGUUGCCAACAACAGCGCCAACCAAUCAACAUUAUCAGUCGAAGGUAAAUUUAGUCAAAUCAUCGAAGGAUACAAUCCUAAAUGAUUUAUUUCGUUGGCCUGAAGCUGUAGAUAUACUACUUAGACGAAGACAUUUAAGAGAGACUAUUCGUAACGGUGAUUAUUUAUCUGCAUUAGAUCAAUUAAAAGCUUAUUUCAAAACAUUAUGGGAAAAUGAUCCAUCUAUUACGUUUGUAUUAAAAUGUCAUCAUUUUAUAGAUUUAAUACGUCAGCAUUAUACAACCAAUUCUUCCAAAGAACCUGUAUGUUUAAACGGUUUACCUGACAAUAAUAAUAUUGAUAGUAAUAUUAGGAAAACAUUACAGUCUAACGGCUUAGAUACUCAUCGAAAUAAUCAAAAGAGAAUAAAGCCUUCAAGCUCUUCAGAAUCAUCACCUGAAAUAACAACAACACCUAAUAAACAUGAUUGUCAAUGUAAACAUUUAAUUAAUUCUAAUCAUAAUCAUCAUUCAAUGAAUUUAGAGCUAACAGCUCUCACAACAAUUGAUGCUACUAAUAUUACAAAUAAUUCUAUCAUCAAUCGACCGUCUUGUUUAACAUCAACUACUAAUAAUUAUAAUCAUUCACAUAAUCCAUCAGAUUAUCAAUCACCUGUUAGGCUUCGUUUUAACCUACCAAGUAAUGAAUGGAAUAAUAAUGGAUUAUUAUUACCAGCAAUAAGUGGUGAAUAUAGCUCUGAAAUUCUACCGUCAGUCUUUCCAAAAAAUGGUCCUUCUCUUAAUGAUAAUACUCCUUCUGCUAAUGGUACUGGUGUUAGCCUUGACUGUAUUACUAAUGGUAAUAAUAAUGAUAAUAAUUCAUCAGAAAUCAUCUGUCCUGUUAUGUUCCCUGUCUAUGCAGAAAACAAUCACAUUAAGACUGACAAUAGAAAAUUGAUUAGGCCAUACAAAUGGAAUCAUCACCUAUCGAAUUCUUAUAUUCGACAUAUUUCAUUAACUGGAAUGAUGUUAGAACCACAUAUUGAAGGUUUGAAUAUGGAAUUGCGUUUAAUUGAUUCAGUCAAUGAUCUAGGUUUAGGAAUUGAGUAUAAAGGACUGAACUGUUUAACUGUAAUACGUCGUCAUCGUGGCGGUGUUGGUAAUGGUCAUUGUCGACGAAAACGAAUACAUGUUAAUAAGUUACACAGUUUUUCAUCAUCAUCAUCAUUAAUAUCCUUAUCUUCUUAUGAUCGUUCAUAUUCAACUUCUAAUUCUGUAUCAUUUAAACCGAAAUACAAAUCAAAAUAUCAUUUUGAUUCCUAUCAUCAUGAUCAUCAUCAUCCUUCCAUUAAUGUUCAAAAACAGGCUAAUGAAAUUAUAACAAAUGGCAAUUCAAUGUAUUCACCUGUUGAUGAUGACUCUACCAUAUCUUUGUCUAAAAUCGAUCCAAUUGAUCAUGAGAAUAAUUCUGUGGAAAAUAAACAAAAUGGUGAUUUGUUUCAUUCAGUCAACAGUAAUGGAUUUUAUUUUGAUGAUUCCAUUAAUUCUAAUCAUCAUCCACAUCAUCAUCAUAAUUAUUUCGAUAAUAGUAAUAAUAAUAAUAAUGGUGAUGUUGAAAGUGUGGAUCAGAUAUUGAAUAAUGAACUACGUGAGUUAAUUGAAUAUGGACGUAAUUUACGAUCAAGUGCACUAGAAUUGCAACGUCAAGGAGUGAUCAGUUUGGAACAAUGGUUACUUUUAAGUGAUGCAUUCAGUUUAGUUGCAUAUCAAAAUCCAUACAAAAGUCCGCUUAGUGGUUUGUUACAUCCAAAAUAUCGAGAAUUAUUAGCUGAUGCUGUAAAUGAUGCUAUUUUGGUGCAUUUAAAACAACCUUGUCGUCCGGUUUUGGAUAUAGCUUUAACAUAUUUGGAGCAUGUUUUAACCGAUGAAGGAUCAUCGUGUAAAACAACCAACAAUGGUCCCUUUGGUUUUUAUCGUUUCAAAUCUGGUCAGUCAAAUGUUAGCGGGUUGUCUGUUGAUCCUUUACAAAAUAGAACUCCUACUGCCAGGACUACUGCUGAUGAUAUUUGUCUUACAUCUAGAACUAAUCAUACACCAACUCAUGAAUCUACAAUAACACCUGCUUCACGUGAUACACCAACUACACCAAAUCGUAGUAUAGCAAUAGGUAUCAUGCAUCGUGAUGAUAUUGAUGAUGAACCACGGCAUAUAACAACUGAUAUUCAAACAUAUGCUUUGAGUUUAAAUGAAUUCAAUGGUUCUACAAAUCUACUUCGUCCUGCUAGUACUUCAAUUAUAUCCAGCUCUUUGUAUGUUCCUCCAUCGGCUUUAAUUUCAUUAACUGGACGAAAUAAUAAUCCAAUUACUCGAAGUUCCGACAUACAGAGAUCAUCAUUAUCAACAUCACGCACAAGACCAACAAGUUUACAAAACUUAAUUCAUCAACGACAUCAGUCACAAUUACUUGAUAAUCAGAGUACUACUACAAUGACUGGUACCACUACUACUACUGCUACUACCAGUAGUAGUACUUCAUCACCUUCACAUUUCAAUCGCUUUCUAGUCACAACAGCUAGUUGGCCUGCUUCCACAUCUUUUUCCUCUUCAACAUCAAAUAACACUACUACUACUACUAGUACUACACAAAAUCUUAAUCGUUUCUCACCUUCACGUAUUACCGUUACCUCUUCUCUUACUAAUACGCAUGCACCAACUGGACCGGAAUUAGCAGGAUUUUUUCAUCCAAUUUUAUUUAUAGGAUAAACGAGAUUUUUCUAUGCGUACAUUGUCGUUGUUGUUGGUGUUGUUUUUCUUUUUAAAGGAUAAAAAACCAUAAGAUUAGAUGAAUUUUCAGUCUAUACUUUUUCCCUCUGGGUAUUUUCCUUCCUUUAUCUGUUAACAUGCACCAUAUCCUCUCCCUUGCCCUAACUAUACUUCAGUUUAAUCCCCCCUCCCUAUCUUAUUUCAAUUACCAAUGUAAUUAUAAUCCCUUCAUAAUGGAUGUUUGUUACUUUGUUGCUUUCAUAUUUAUACUUAUAUUAUGGUAUAUUGAUUUGCAGUUGUUUAAUUAUUAUUACUAUAAGUGAUAAUUUCUUUUUACUUUAGACAACUAUUUUCAGUUGUGAAUUGACUUUGUUCCUUUUUUAAAGAAUGUAAUUAAAUGAUUAAAUUUGAGGAACAUAUUGUUUAUGCAAUCCUGUUUCGAUGGUUAAAUGUAUUAUAUUUAAUGAUAUUUAUACACUCAGAGGCAUGCAAACGAUAAACACCAUAAAUACAAUCGAUAGGUAAAUAAAUGACAAACAAUAAGAGUAAGGAAAAUUAAAGAAAACAAACGAUGGGAUUAUUUGUUAUACAAGGAAAUAAAGAAUACAAGAUGAAUUACUAAUGUAAAAUUCAUAGGAUUAUUGAUCUCAAGAAAAGAAAGAAACAAAGCAAUAAUGAGGUAGGCAGGUGAUGUAUACACUAACAUGUUAUUCUUUUCAAAAAUAUACGUAUCCAGGUAGUUUAUUCUUAUUCACUUAAAUCAUCAUCUGUUUAGAUCAUACAGUUAAUAAUGAUUAUGAAUACACAGUUGCUGUGCUCAAGAUGAAAAGUAUGCUGAUCUACUUCUUUGUGUGUGUGUGUGUGUUCGUAUGUGUACGCCUAUGUUUGUACUUUUUUUAUUUUUUACUAAGGUGGAACAAAAACUUCGUUCUUUUUUUCUGAUAACUACUAUUUUUUUUAAAGAAAGAAAAUACUACUAAUUAUAUCCCCCUCCCUUUUUGUCGAGAAAUUUGUUUUCCAUUGUUAUUACUUGUAUUUCCCUUCUUUUUAUGUCUUUCUGUAAUAAACUCUUCUCACUAGUUGACCACAUUUUUAUAAAUUAGAAAAGUAUACUUUUAAAAAGGAAUAAAUGGUUUACCUGAUAUUCUUGACUUUCUUAAUUAUCUUGUGAAAAACAGUUUAUUAUUCUUGUUUAUUUGCUAAUAACUUGUGGCCAACAAAAUCCACUAAUGUUAAUAAUAAAUAGAUUAUUUAUAUUGACGCCCCUCCCCCUUUAAUAAAUUUUCUGCACAGUCUGUUAACCAAUCAGUUUUAAUUACGUGACAAUAAUAUACACAUGUGUUUGUUUAAUCCUAUACAUUUACUUAUUUUCUCUUACAUAUACACUUGUGUAAUACAAUCCACUUAGACUUUCCUUUCACCAUAUCCACAUAUGAUUAAGUUUUCUUUUGAUGGGAGAGAGAGAGAGGCGCUGAGUUGGUCUCUUUUCACUAUCUUCAAUCGUCUUUUUAUAUUAUUUUCAACAAACAGAGAAAAUAAUCUGAUAUUACUAUUACUAUCACAAAUAUUAUUACUGUUACAUGAUUUGUUUAAUUCAAUCAACUAUAUUUGUUUGUAUUAUUAUGCAAUUUUUUUUUACUAAACAAAAGAAUUCGCUCUAGUUUAUUCAUUAACUUCUUCGUGUAGCUACUGUUUACUACUCUCUGGUUCGUUGAUUGGUUCACUUUAAGAAGUAAAUAACUUGAGGAUUAUUAUUGAGUCAUUUCAUUCUAUGUGUGGAAGAGAGAGAGAGAGUUUUUUUUCUUAUAAUUUUUUAUAUAUUUAAUCUAAACAAGGAAGUUUACAACAAAAUGAGAGAUAAUAACUGAGAGACUUCGUUAUAUCCUUGAGACUAUCAUAAUAAUAAUAAUUAUUAUUAUUUUUACCAUUAAAUAAAAAUCUACAAUGAAUAUGACUAUUGAAAUAAUGAUAAUUACUGUUAUUGUUACAAUUUUGGGAAUGAAUGUUUUUACAAAUAAAUAAAUGGAAUUUCAUUGUAUGUAA